CGGGGACAGUUUUACAGUUCGACUGUUCGAGGCCAGACAAAGACGAAAUGAAACCUUAAUAGAGAUACGGGUCAAUUUGCAGACAACAUUCUGUUAAUGGCUUGACCAACCAGGCACGAAGCUGGAGUUGUCUGUAUGCCGGAUGUUUCGACGUCAGACAUGACCUGCAGGAACGAAAGUCAUAAUGACCACUUUGACCAGACACAUUCUGGAACCAAGUUUGAAAACGAGAAGGAGGCUAGAAACCACUACAUGUAUAUUCUUCCUCCAGGAAAACAGGAACAAUGUUACGAUGCUUCUAAUGGAACUGACCAACCUAUUUCGAAGGAAAUACAUUCGGAAAAAAUCAUGUAUGAACAAAACACGUGUUAUCAGACCAUGUGCAAUGAAAACACGUGUGUGAAUAACACGUGCGUCAAUACCAUGUGUGUAUAUCCUGGCAGCGUUACGGAAGAUUAUAAGUGUGUGUAUACCGCGGACAGUGUGACGAUAUCGACUGCUGAUAUCCCUAUUGGUUGCAAGUUAAGAACGAAACUUCAAAAACUAUGUAAAACAAAUCAACCUUUGAAGGGCAAGGUGAUAUUGACUUAUAUUCCGGACGAGGUAGAGAGUGCGGAAAUUCAGGAGGGAAACGGAACAAGAAACAUUCCAGACUCAAAGCCUAAUAUUGGUAAUAAAGAUAUGCAUGACAUUUCAAACGUAGUGGCGAGUGAAAAUGUACUGACCCCUGUCCAGGUUGUAGAUAAACUUGAAAUAGUCUCGGAUGAAAGCGGCCACGAACAAAUGCCAAUACCCUCUGGCGAUAACUCAUGUCCUGUGCAGGAAAAUAUAGAACCAGGCAAAGUAUUAGUCGUUCGCAAAAGAAAAGGGCGGAAACAAGUUAACCCCAAACGAGUAGCAAUGAAGGAAUCGCUACUACGAAAAAUAACAUCUUCUACAAAAGCUGGUUCAAAGAAAGGGAAAAAACAUUCUUGUGAUAUCUGCGGCAAGGUCUUCCCGUCCAACCAAGGACUGAUUUGUCAUAUACGAACACAUACAGGAGAAAAACCUUUCAAGUGUAACGUGUGCGAUCGAGCGUUCGGGGACAAGACCACUUGCAGGAGGCAUACGAGCAUCCACACUGGGUUGCGUCCCCACAAAUGUGAGGAGUGCGGGAAGACGUUUGUACAACGGAACAGCCUAUAUUCUCACCGCAAAGUUCAUGGCAGUGUGAAAGAUUUCAAAUGUAAAAUUUGCGGACAAGAAUUUCUUUGGAAAGUUUCAUAUUUAAACCAUGUCGGCACUCAUUCUCCUCCGGUCAAUUAUGAAGCUUGUGGAAAAGAAUUCCUCAGUGACAUGUAUCUGCAAAAACAUUAUAAAAGGGUUCAUCUAUGUAUGCGUCCACCGAAUAAACGCAUCGUUUGUGACGUUUGCGGAAAGAGCCUUGCUAGCAAGAAGACUUUGCGGGAACACUACAUGCAACACGAGGGCGUCAAACCAUACCAGUGUGAGCAAUGUGGCAAGGACUUCGUCAAGAAGGCCAAUCUGGACGUCCACAAACGUGUGCAUCUGGAAUGGCGACCGUACACUUGUGAUAAAUGUGGUAAGGGCUAUACCACGAAAAUGGGACUCACCAGUCACGCACUCGGUCACACGGGCGAACGUCCAUACCUUUGUGAUAUAUGUGGCAAGGACUUUGUAACGAGGGGAGGAUUACAGGGUCAUCGCAAAGUUCACUCGGGCGAGAAACCGUUCGAAUGUCAUAUUUGCGGCUCGCGAUUUAACAGCGUCACAAAGAAAACAAGACAUCUGGUAAGCCAUACAGACGACAGACCCGUAGCUUGUGAAAUCUGUGACAAGAGGUUCCGAAACCGUCCUCAAAUGAGGCUGCACAUGAGAAUACACUAUGACGAGCGGAACUACGAAUGCGAUGUAUGUGGACGAAAGUUUAAACAAAGCAGUCAUCUCCAACGCCAUCGCAAAAUACAUUCAGGAGAAAAACCUUACUCGUGUAACAUCUGUGGAAAAUCUUUUAAUCAAAAGUCAAAUUGUGAUACGCAUAUCAAACGUCAACACGCAACUAGCCCGCCAUUGAACCCAUACGAACGAUUGGGGUAAUAACAUAUAUACAUGGCUAUUUACUUGCAUUGUCAAACCUGUUAUAAAUCGUCAAUUACAAAUUGGGUUUUUUAACGACAGAUUAUCGCUGUUUAUACGCUAAUUUUUACCUUUUUGUACUUACAUUUCAGGAAAGUAAAAUAAAUCAGAAAUUAAACACACAUCGAAAGGCCACAUCUUAUUAACACGGAAUUAUAUUGCUAUCUAAGUCCGCGGUUUUAAUCAUCCGCUAAAGUAGAAAGUUUUUCGUUUAUUAUUUUUGCGCUCGCUGUUUAUUUAUCGAAAUAAGUAAUAUCUAGGAAUUA